AAGUACAAAAGAUGCAUUCAAAUUGUCGUGUACAUUUUUGUAAUUAUUGCGAAAAACAAAGGUAAAUUUCACUCUUCUCUCUCCGACCCCUCAACGGCACCCCGACCACUCUCUUACCUAUACAUACAACAUAUACAUAUACAUAUCUUCCAGUUUCUUCUUCUCUGUAAUUUUUCUCUCUUCACUCGUUUCCCAAUGCAGGCUCCAACCGUCGCCGACCGUGAAGUGGACCCUAUAGUCUGGCGAGCAAUCGCCGGAAACUCUGUCAAAAUACCUCCCGUCGGUACCAGGGUUUACUACUUCCCUCAAGGACACGCUGAACAUGCAACCUUUACUUCACCUGCUGUAAUGUCUCCUGGUAUGCCUGCGUUUACUCUAUGCCGUGUGUUAUCUGUUCGUUUUCUCGCUGAAUCCGAUACGGACGAGGUAUACGCUAGGAUUUUUCUGCAUCCGAUUAGUCAGAGUGAAGUUGAUGAAGUUACUAUGAGGGAGGAGGAGGUGGUUGAGGACGAAAUCGUGUCGUUUGUGAAGAUUUUAACUCCGUCAGAUGCGAAUAAUGGAGGAGGUUUCUCUGUGCCGAGGUUCUGUGCUGAUUCUAUAUAUCCUCGGCUUGAUUUUGAGGCAGAACCGCCGGUUCAGAAUUUGUCUAUUAGGGAUAUUAAAGGUGUUGCGUGGGAGUUUCGACACAUUUAUCGUGGAACACCUCGACGGCAUUUGCUUACUACUGGUUGGAGCAAGUUUGUUAACAGUAAACAGCUUGUCGCUGGUGAUUCCGCUGUGUUCAUGCGGAGAACUGCAAAUAAUCAACUCUAUGUGGGUGUCCGACGAGCUAUAAGACGAAAUGACGAUUCGCAGAAGUGGACUUCCUCCUUUUUGAUGCGUGAACAUAUCAAUAAUGGCGGUAGCCCGGAUGUGUCUUGGGGGAUUAGAAAGGGGCGGAUGACGAUGGAGGCUGUUGCAGCUGUAGCGGAGAAAGCGGCACGGGGAGUGCCAUUUGAAGUAUCGUGUUAUCCACGGGAUGACUGGGCAGGUUUUGUGGUGAAGGCACAAGAGGUACAGAUGGCAUUGAAUAUGCCUUGGACAGUUGGCAUGAGGGUUAAGAUGGCUGUGGAAGCGGAGGAUUCAUCUAGAACGGCUUGCUAUCAAGGGACUGUUUCAUCUGUCAUUUUGAAUGAAAGUGGCCCUUGGCGUGGAUCUCCAUGGCGAAUGCUUCAGAUCACUUGGGAGGAACCAGAAGUUCUGCAGCAUGCUAACAGGGUGAAUCCUUGGCAAGUUGAGUGUUUUCCGCCAAUCCCACAGUUUCUUCCUCCAUCGAAGAAAAUAAAACUGCCUAAUGGGCUUCUACCUGAUGGAGAGAGAAGCCCCUUUCCUAUGACAGGGUUGGGUAGCUUCCCUAUGACAGGGUUGGGUAACUUCCCUAUGACAGGGUUGGGUAACUUCCCUAUGACAGGGUUGGGUAGCUUCCCUAUGACAGGGUUGGGUAGCUUCCAUGUGACAGGGUUGGGUAGCUUCCCUAUGACAGGGUUGGGUAAUUCUACGAUUGGACUCAGUAGCCCAUCAUUGGGCAAUUUUACAUCUUCUCCUGCGGGCAUGCAGGGAGCCAGGCAUGAUCAAGUUAGUGUAUCAAGUUUAUCCAAUGUUAAGAGCAAUAACCUUGGGUUGUGCACUAACAAUAGCUUAGAUGAAGAAAUCAAGGCAAAGCUUGACAGUGUUUCUCCCAAACUGAAUAUUGGCAGUUCAUAUUCAGACAAUUUAUCACUGGAUAGUCAGAGCAGUGUGCAUUUUGGGGACAAUGAGCUGAUUACAAAACCGGGUUCCAGCUCUUUUACAAAAGAUCGUUUCAGUACUUUCCAGUUAUUUGGUAAGGUCAUCCAUGUUGAACGUGUUGAGGGAGCUUUAGAUGGUUUUGGUUUCUCUGAAAGUGAUAACGUUGAAGUGUAUAAAGAGAUAGAUGAUCCAUCCAACUCAGACAUCUCACCAAAUAAAGAUGAUCCAUCCAACUCAGACGUCUCACCAAAUAAACCUUUCAAGCUGUUUGACAAUCCUGAUGUCCAACAUGAAUGAGCCUCAGCUGUCGAAGCAUGUUCAUCUUGAGAUAACUAUAUUCCGUAAUUGCCAUCAAUUGCAAAGUUGUACAGUUGCAUGAUAUGAUUAUGGAGAUGGAUGUAUAUGAUUCUUCAUAUAGCGUGCUCUGCUUGCAGUAACUCUUUUAAUUCUUUUCAGGUUUCCAAGGAAAGAGUUGAUUCCAGCAGUGGAUGUUUGCUUUCUCUUUGGUAUUCAGAACUAAUGUAGGCUUUAAGUUUAAGACAUUCAGAGGUCAAGUAAAUCAUCUGUGUUUUCUUGAUAAUGAUGAGAUUAUACUCUAUAUGUUCCUGUAAGUACUGUGGAGUUAGCCUUUUAGAUGCAAGUCAGAAUUUACUAUGAAUGGUAGAUGUUUCUUAAUUGAGUUACAAAUUUCUCAUGGUA